AAAUUCCGAGGAUCAUGGAACCAGCGUCGGCGUCAGUGUCGUCGGUAGCGGAGUCUCAGGGAACGCCGUCAACGUCGGCGUCAGCGAGCGAGGCGUCGAGAGAGUUAGCGAGACUUUCGAGUCGCGCGUAUCCCACGGAAAUUUCUACCCGGGGGAGCGAAGUAACCGGGUGGAGCACUCGGUCGACUCAUCGGCGGUUGAUCCGGUGGCAAGCUACAUGUCCCGGAGUAGGCCAACCCCUUCUAGUGGGUACCACGUGACGGCGCCCAGGGCGCGGGAACGGUUAUAUCCGCGUACAAGUUCGUACGUCACCGGUCCGCCGCCCUCGUCACACCUAGAUCGCCAUCGGGGUGCUAUGUCCAUGUCUUCCUGGCUCGGCUACGAGUCGGGUUCCACGAGGUAUAGCACCGGUCCCCCACAGCAAUCACCAGCCGCCACUGAUAAUUAUCAAGAAGAAUCUGACAUACACGUGAACAUAAACUCACUCUCCACACAACUAGUUGGCCAGCCGUCAAUUAGACCGUCGUGGGACAUACCAUCACGCUCUGCUUUUCUGUCAGGUGGCGGAGUGAAUAGCGGAAGCGGCGUCAGUAUCAGCAGCUGCGGGGGCGGAGGAGUAGUCGGAACCGGCGGCGGAGUCAGCAGCGGCGGCAGUGGUGGCGGCGGAGGGAACAGCGGCAGUUCCAUGAGACAGCACAAAAAGCAGAGAAGAAAAUCGAGAAGCGGCAGCAGCUCACCAAGCGGGUCAAGUCGUUCUGGUAGCAGCAGCAGUAGCCGGAGUAACAGCUCCGCAGGCAGUACCUCGGGUGACAGUAGUUCCCCCGGGAGUUCUCCUCAUCGUACCGGAAACGCCGCCGUCUCGGACGACAGGAGGCCCUUGGCCAUUUGCGUAAGGAACUUGCCCGCCAGGAGCAGCGAUACCUCACUAAAGGACGGACUCUUUCACGAGUACAAAAAACACGGGAAAGUAACCUGGGUUAAGGUGGUCGGCGCGGCUGGCGACAGGUAUGCGCUGGUCUGCUUCAAGAAGCCCGAGGAUGUCGAAAAGGCCCUUGAAGUAUCCCACGACAAGUUGUUCUUCGGAUGUAAAAUAGAGGUCGCGCCUUACCAGGGCUACGACGUCGAGGACAACGAGUUUAGGCCCUACGAGGCUGAGCUAGAUGAGUAUCAUCCCAAGGCGACCAGGACGUUGUUCAUCGGCAACCUGGAGAAAGAUGUUACCCAGACUGAUCUUAGAAAUAAUUUUGAGCAGUUUGGAGAGAUCAUUGAAAUCGAUAUUAAGAAACAGGGAGCCGUGUCGAGUUAUGCAUUCUGUCAGUAUGCAGACAUCAGCAGUGUCGUAAAGGCAAUGAGGUCGAUGGACGGGGAGCAUCUUGGCUCGAAUCGCAUUAAACUCGGGUUUGGUAAAUCCAUGCCGACAACUUGCGUCUGGGUUGACGGUAUUGGCGAGUGCGUCUCGGAAAAGUACCUGAAUAUGCAAUUUCACCAAUUUGGACCUAUUAAUCAAGCGGUAAUUGAUCGUGAGCGAGGCCACGCGCUUGUAUUUUAUGAGCAAAUGAAUUGUGCUCAAGUUGCGGUCAAAGAAAUGAGAGGUGCAUCGCUCAGAGGACGUCGACUGCAAGUUGACUUUGCCUCGAGGGAAUUGCAAGAGUCAUUUUACGAACAUCUUGAGAGACAGGGUGUCACAGGCGAGAAGCCAUGGGAUUCUCGACCGUCACCUGCGGCGACAUUUGAUGUUGCACGAGAAAGAAGCUUUGAAGCGGCUGUUACAGUGCCUAAUGCAGGAAGCAGGUUUACCAGGUAUGAAACACCACCACGAGCGAGGACAGCGAGUUACUCUCGUACUCCAGGUGGUGGUAGCACACCUGGAGCGAGUCCAGCUCACCCGACGGCAAUGUCACGGACGAGCAGACGAUCGUAUCAAGCGGAUCCUUACUACGAGGGUGAUUACACAGAGCCAACGUCCAGGAGGUUUAGAAGUUACGACGAGUUCAGUCAAGGGAGCGGUGCCAGUCACGACGACUACGAGAGCAGUGUCCUGGGUGACAGUAAACUCAAUGACGACGAUUUACUGCCACCGCCCCGACGUCAUGCUAUCCAAAGUGUGGUAACAAGUGUCGAGCCUCCAGUGCCAUCUUCAUUGCUAUUGCCACCGCCGGACAUUCGACAUCUCCAGAAAGAACGGGUGCAUUUACUGGAACAACUCGAGGAGUGUCAUAGCAGCGGCGACGAGGGAUUCGCGCCGAAAAAACGGCCAAAGCUCGAUAGUUCGUCGGCGAUUCUCUGCGACGACGAUGAGCCCGAAAUAGCUUCGCUUCUCGUGACGUCCCACUCUGGCAGGAAGGGCAUGGACGUCAGGAGGGUAAGCGACAGCAAAAUUCUCGUUCAUCACAAUACCAGGCGCGGGAGUUGCGAAGGUCGCGGACCCGGGCCUUGCAAAAGGCGACGGGACACUUCCAGUAGGCAUCACGAGCACCACGACAGCUCGAGACCUGGCACGCCUCUCGUCGACGAGCGACCGGAAAAUAUCAUUCCAAGUGAACCGAGGAGGUUUCGAGAACGGAGUCAAGAAGGUCCGCUUUCUUUACCGCUUCCUAGGUUCGCUGCACAGAUGAUGAAUAAUAACAAUACCAGCAAUAGCAAUAACAACAACACUAAUAAUAAUAACAACAACAAUAAUAAUAAUUCUAUUUGUUCUUUGCCUAUGACAAUAACCACGGCCUCGGUGACGAUAACAACUACGACCGCGCCUGCGACAACUUUGAUAUUUUCUACAGCAACAACAACAACUGCGGGAACGAUUACGACAACGACGUCGACGUCGGCGGUAGAUCUAUCGCGUGUUAAACAACGAAAAGACGGUGGCAGUAGAGAAAGCAGAGACAGCAAAGAAAACAGAGACUCGAGGCACAGUCGGAGUAAAGACGGCUCGAGAAAAACUAAAAAAGACGACAAUGAUAGUGAGAAAAUUCGUAAUAAAGAACGGGAUGACAAAGAUGAACGAUCCUUGUCGUUAUCGUCAUCCUCUGGUCUUAAUACGGCUGAGUCGACGAGUGAUACUCUCACGGCGACAGACACUCACAAUAAUAGAGACAUUAAAGAGAGCAAAGAGGCUCGUUACGAACGUAAAGAACGGGAGGAACGUGAGAGGCGAGAUAAAGAAGAGCGUGAACGUCAAGAGAGACGCGAUAAAGAAGACCGCGAUAAACUUGAGCGAAAGGAACGUGAGGAGCGGGAGAGACGGGAAAAAGAUGAAGAGCGACGGGAGAAGGAGAGACUUGAGAAAGAACGAAGGGAUCGGGAAGAGAGGGAAAGAGAUCGGGAGAGAAAGGAACGGGAGGAAAUUGAAGCUCGGGAAAAAGACAAGCGGGAAAAAGAACGCUUGGAGAAAGAACGUAAAGAUAGGGAGGAGAAGGACAAACAGGAACGGAGGGACCGGGAGGAACGGGAACGUAAGGAACGUGAGGUGAGAUUAGAACGGGAAAAACAGGAAAAAGAACGCCUCAGGAAGGAACGUGAAGAGUUUGAGAAACGAGAAAAGGAAGAACGGGAGAGAGUUGAGAGGGAACGCAGGAGGGAGGAGAAGGAGAAAAUUGAUCGAGAGCGCAAACGUGAGAGGGAAGAGCGAGAGAGACUGGAGAGGGAGAGGAGGAAAGAAAAGGAAGAACGUGAGAGAGUCGAGAAGGAAAAACGAGAGAAAGAAGAGAAGGAGAAAGUUGAGAAAGUUGAUAAAGUUGAUAAAGUUGAUAAAGUUGAGAAGGAUAAACAUGAAAGGGAAAAACGGGAGAGGAGAGAACGUGAGGAUCUGGAGAAACGGGAGAAGGAGAAGAUUGUUGAACAUGCCAAAAGGCGCGAUCGCGAUGACAAGGAUAAAGAUAAAGAUAGCAAGCGCGAACGUGAGGAAACAAGGCGGCAGCCUGUUGAAAAUCAUCACAUGGGGAACCAGAACCAGGUUCAAGUUUCUUCGCCAGCUCCUGUUUCGCUCAAGCGAAGGUGCUCUUCUCAGGAGACUCCUCAGGAUGAUGAGAGUAAUAAGAGGAUGAAAAUUUCUGACCACCGGCGUGAUAGCAAGGACAGACCUCGGCAAAAUCGGAGGUCUGAAGAUCGUAAGCACAGGAAUGAUUCACAUAGGACUAGUCGGGAGAGCAGGGAGAACCGGGACAGCAAAGACUCUUCAACGUCGACCCAGAGCCAGGAGAGUCGUGAGAGCAGAGAACCGUCAUUGCAGUCUCACGGCAGCAAUGAAUUACCUGGUAAAGAUGUUAUUAUUUCUUCGAGUCGAGAAAUUAAGGAGUGUCGAGAAAAUCGUGAGAGUCGCGAUAGUCGUGAGUCGAGGGAAAGCAGAGACAGUCGUGAAAAUAGAGAUAAUAAUCGGGAUAUUGCGACCAGUGGUAGUGGCGGUGGUAGUGGAAGUAAUAGCGGUAACAAAGAUAAACAACGGAGCAAGCGAAAUCGAUUGGAACGAGAGCGAAUGGAGAAGGACCGCAGCCCACGUGUAUCUCAUGAACUUGACAAGGAGUUUCUUUCAAGGAUCGAACUUGCCAAGCGGACGGAUAAUAACGGCAGUCCGCCGAAUCGAGUUGAGAAUAACAACCAAACCGGCGGAUCUCAUCAUCAUCAUCACCAUCACCACCACCACCAUAGGGAGUCUCAGCGCGAGCACCAUCACGUCUCGAUAAAUCUGCACAGCGACAACGAUGAUGGACACUCCUCGAAUCAUGAGAUGCAGACACGGCACCCCUCUCAAACGGACACUGACAGUGACGAGCCGAAGAAGCACUCGAUAUUUGAUAUUGUCGACGACGAGCCUGCUUACAUCAGUAUGUACGACAAAGUAAAGGCCCGGUCGACUAAAAAUAUGCAGAAACUCGAGGAGGAAAAACGUCAGGUCAGAUUAAAAGACAAAUUUUCACAGUUGAAGCAAAGCCGUGCCAGGAGAGAAGAAAAGAAACAAAGUACUUCUUGGGACGGUGAUUCUGUCAGCAGUAAGGCUUUAACCGAAGACGAGGGUACUUCUGAAUCAGACUCAACUCGUGCCAAAUCGCUGUCUCGUAAGGGCUCAAGAUCACGCAUCCACUCGGACACCAGCGAAGAGGACGAGUCCUUCAACAACAAAGUCCACAAAAUAAAAACCGAGAGAUUUCUUGAGAGUGACGUUGACCUCGGGUUCGCAGACACUGAAGAGAAACACACACCCACGGAGAGCUCCUCGAUCAACAGCUUGCGUACUGUUAAGCAGGAGCCAAGGUCAUCGGACGAUGAUGAACGCAUCCCUGUGGUAUCUUUUCCUUCAAACCAUCCGGCUGUUAAUAAUCAUCAGCGUGACUCGAGGAAAAAAUCACACAAAAAGAAACAAAAACGACAGAAGCUAUCAAUCUCAAGCGAAGAGGGCAGCAUUAAUAUUAAAAUUGAAUCACCGGACAGUAACGAGCACAAGAGGAAUGAACAAACUUGUAAAAAUAUCAUAUCUACCUCCGACUGUCGUGUUAAUCAUGUUAACGAUUCUACGGCUGUUACAACUGUCGCUUUGUCUUCCUCAGUCGCUCCGGCUUCGGCUGAAGUCUCUGUUACCUCUGAGGAGCGCAUCAGAGCCGAGAAAAAGCAACGGAACAAGAAGGACAAAAGAAGGGAGAGAACCAGCGAGGACAAAGCCAAGACUCGGAGAAAGAGACUAAACCGACAAGAGGCCAGAGACUCUCAGCGCAUGGAGGAUAUUUUUGGCCCCCUGUCAGACGAUGUUGAUGAUGCGCCAACAGCGCCCUUCUUCAAUCGUCUUGGCGGUCUGCCGUCCGAAAAUAACGCCUACGGCUCUGACAGCGACGGCAUGCGUAGUCCUAUUUUAGAUGUUGAUAGGGUGAGGCGCAAGGCUGAGAAGAAACGCAGACACCAAAUCGAGGACGAGAACAGCGUUGAUCUUGCGGAAGCUGGUCGAGAGAUUGAAGCUAAUUUACUAGGUCUCCCUGUCUCGCCCAAGCCUGCGGCGGUUUGCAACGAGAGCAAUGACCAUGACGUCUUCAGGUUCACUGACGAUAAUGACAGUGUGGAGCCCUCGACGCCCACUACUGCUCCCGAGAAGGUCAAAGAGAAAAAGAAGAAGCGGAAGAAGUCCAAAGAGGAGCGCAGCCGGAAGGAUUAUCACCAUCACCACCACCAUCAUCACCACCAUCAUGACAAAGCCGGUGCGCUGCCUUAUCUAGGUGCUGACCCUAGUCCUCCAAGAGCCAGCAGUCCCAUUUCUCGCAAGACAGUCUCGCCUCCUCCGUUGCCUGUUCCUAGAGACACUAUUCUCAGUCCGAUUCCCAAGAUACCCACCACUACGUCCACCCCAGCGACGACGACAGUUACUACUCCUACUGUCUCUUCUCCCUCGGUGGUGACCUCUCCGACGAUUGUCUCGAGCAAGUCCGAGAAGAAGAAGGACAAGUUCAUCCCCGGGUUCGGAAUGGAUAUUGAUGAGAAGAUCCACGAGAACGCGAUCAAGAGCAUCUCAGAACCCGAGGAGCGUGAAAGCGGAAGACAAUCCGGUGCUGGGAACCACGAACCAGAGCCUCCUGCACCAGCUACUCCACCCCCGCAAGUCGAGGACAAGCCCCGCGUGGUUAUUUCGCAAGAAGAAACCGAGGACGCGGUUGCGGCGCUGCUCGAAGAGACAUUCGGCGUGUCUACCGAGGACUUUUCCUACGAAGGCGAUGAAGAAGAGCCGGAAGGUGAUGGUGCCAGCGUACCACCGCCUGACGCGCCUCAGGAAGACGUCGAUGAGAUGCAGCAAGCUGUUGACAGUCUGAACGCCUCUACCGGGGCUGAAACAGACGCUGAUCUGAAACCAGACACGCCUCAGAGCGAGCAUGACCUCCAAAUUGAUACUGACACCGAAGAGGAUCCUAAUUAUGAGUCCUUUGAUCUGACUCAGCCGCCAAAGACUCCGGAUAUUCCGUCGUUCUACAAGUCUCCGGUCAGCAAGCAGUCUGUCAUUACAACGACGGCCGUUACUACAACAACUACCACAACGACGACUCCUGUAGAAAAUACACCUAAUUGUACGACGCCUUCACCAGUGGCCGUCAGGUCGCCCAGUCCACCAGCGUCCGUCAUCUCCCACUCCUGGACCGACGAGCACAAGCCUCCCAAGGCAGCAGAGACUCCAGAAGCCGAAGCUGGCAACAAGGACAGAGACAGAGAAAGAGAAAGAGAAAGAGCUUCAGUGGCGACUCCAUCUUCGCCUCCGGGUCAGUACAAGCCGCCAAUGCCCUGCAGUCUGCCGAUAAUCAGCAACGAGGCUCCAAGACUAUCAGCGGCCAGUCCAAGGCCGCCUGUAACUUCCUCCCAGCCUUUGUACCAGAGACUCCCAGUCUCGCUGCAGAGCCAGAUGGUGCCUCCUCUUCGACAAACUCCUCCGAGAAUGUCAGUCGCUGUGACGACGUCUCCAUCAGUCACAGUCCCUACGACUAUGACAGUCCAGCCGCGUCCUUCCACGGUGAUCCCUUCACAAGCUCCAGCUUUGUCGCCGAACGGACAGUGGUCCAGGAAUAUUCCAAUAAGCUCGCACCUUUCUCACGGAAUCAAAACUCCCUCGAUAACAUCAACAACCUGCAGGAUCCCAGUGAGUGUUCCGAUAACUGCUCCGAUUCAUCGAGAUUUGUCUAACCAGCACAUCUACUCAACGGCAGCCAGCCAGCAGCCGGUGAUCCAGCACGCACCUGGAAUGCGAGCACUCGCGCCUAGCUAUCCUCGUGGUGGUCUUCCGCCAUUGACGCUGAAUAUUCCACCGCGGCCUUACAUGCCAGUGCCCCCGCUGGUAUCGGGAAUUCCACGAGACUCUGGGAAACCGCGAGACUCUAUGGCAUUUGGUGGCAAGUCUGUUAUAGAGACUCUGAUUCCCGGUCAUCUUAAUGAGUCGCCGCAACGACUGGAGGAGCCGAAAUUGUCACCAGCGGUGAUUCCCGAGCCAACUAACAAGGCCUCCACGUCGCCGAAGGUACCCUCGCCCAACCAGCCGCCCACUUUCAUUCCUGAGACGGCCAAGAUUGAAAUAUCCGCGAGCACAUCCACGCCAGCGAUCAGUAAACCUGCUGAGAAUGUUUUGUCACCAAGGCAAAAACAAUUGCCGGUUAAUAACGCUAUUGAGUUGUCAACAGAGUUGACGAAGAAACCGGAACUGACCAACGUUCAUCUGCUGACCACCCAUCCACCUCAUACAUCUGCGCCCAGUCCGGUGAUUGUCGCGCAUGGUCAGCAUCUGGUUCACAAGUCAGUGGUACACUCUUUGAUACCCACCACUGUUACUCCCAACCAACCGCUGAUCAAGACUGUGGUUCCGGUGGUCAGCCAGUUCUCUCAAGCCCACGUUGCUCUUGAUAAACCAGCAGUCACACCUAUAGUUACCUUGGCUGGCCAACAACAACAACAGCAACGUCCACCAAUUUCUCAAGGAGUUUUGUUAAUAAAACCUCACAUUCCACUUGUCUCAACAGUCUCUCAAUCGAUAACUCGCGUGUCUACGUGUGUCACUUCAAUGGCUACUCCGAUAAUUUCACCGCCUCAACCGAAACCAACGACACCAGAAGCUCCGGCAGAGCGCCAAGAAAGAUUCACAGAUAUCCAGAAAACUAAAACAGAAGCUACUGAUUCAGCGACCGUCCAAACAAAAUUCUUACCAUCUCCAGAAGUCAAGCAAGAAGAUGUUAAACCUCCGGUUGAUCUUGUCAAGGAAGAAAGCAAGCCGGUUGAGGUUGAGGUUAAAGUCGAGAAGAUUGAAAGUGAAACUGCUGAAAUUCCUGCUAAGGUUCUACCAGAAAUUGUACCGAAAGAUGAGCCUUUGAUUACUGAACCUCCCAAGGAAAUAAAGCAACAGCGGGAUGAGGAGGAAGAACCCAAGUGUGAAGAAGACGAGGAAGAUACUGCUGAUGAAGCUCGAGAGUCAAACGAUCCUCUGGUUAUCGACAGCGCCCGCGAAGAUCCUGCAGAUAGUAAGGAAGACAGUGAUUAUUGGUCUGCUAAGGAAGUUAACAUCGAGAGUGUGAUAAAAACUGUCGACGCGCUCUGCGAUGGGGAGGUUAACGAUGAAGUUCAUGACGAUGACGACAGCCACAAUGAUCAAGAGACUAAUGGCGAGUCCCACGACACCAGCAAAGGUGAAGACUGGCCUGAUACUGAAUCUACAGAAGGCGAUAGCAAGAAAGAUUUCUCUAACAAUGACGAGCAGGACGAAGGCGUUGAAACUUCCUGCGAAAUUGAGCCUCGCUCCCGCCGCGUCAGGUCUAAGACUCGUCGCGGUGGUGGCCGAGGUGGAGUAUCUAAUAGACGCGUCAACAGAACAGCGGCUUCUGGGAAGCGUGGAGGACGUACUCCGAGGAACAGCAAGCAAGAGAAGAACAAAUUACCCGCUGAUGUUUACGAAUUCCACGAUGACAGCGAGGAAGACAACGCGGGUCGACCGCGGCUUAUUUUGACGAUUAAAUCACCUGGCCCGACUGCAGCUGCUGGACCCAAUGCUCAACCAGUAGCAGCUGUGAAAGAAGUCGCUGCGGAAGAGUUUGUCUCUCCUGCGACCAACACCCGGAAAUCUAAAAGACUUGCUGAGAAAGACAUCAGCAGGACCACUGUUGAUGACACCAUUGAAGACGUGGUCCGAGGGUCGGCUCCUAACAAAGCUCUGCUUGGUGUCCAAGCCACACGAAGAAGCACCAGGCACAACAACGGCUCCAAGCCUCUCCAGCCGCAGCUUAUGAUCGUUGAGACCAGAAAAUCAAGAGGCGGGCGAAGAACUUCAAGGAGAACUUCCGAGACCAAUGAAGACAGUGGGGAAGAAAAGAGCAAGGAUCCAAGGCCAGAGGCAGUUAUUACAUCAGCUCCGUCUCCGGUUUCUGUUACCACCACGACGACAACCACCAGAAGUGAUAGUGAGACCACCGAGACAGCUUCUGUCGCCGUUCCUGAGACUCCGGUCAAGCAAGGUCCUGAGCCGGUUAAACAACUACCUGCUCUGGGACAGAAGUCUUCUUUGGAGCCGAUGACUCUGAUCGACCCGGUGACUGGCAUGCUGAUUCCCAUGAGGGAGUCUGAAGAAGGCCAGUACAUUCCAGUCUCUACAGCCUCCGGACAGAUACAGAAUAUCCCCAGAAGCUUGGUUGAAGCGCGCACGAAUAUUGAUGUAAAGGGAGACAAAUUCCCGCCGACGUUGCAGCCAGCCCAUCCUAGGCCUGUUGAAGAGUCUAAAGCUAAAGUUCCCGAGGCGCCGCCUAAUCUGGAGCCUGCUGACCUGAGCCAGCCGUGCAAGACCCAGACUAGUGUCAUCACCAAGUCUCAGGCUUCUGCUCCAGCUCCUACGGUUCAGGUGACUUCCUCGGUGGUCGUCCAGCCGACGAUGACUCCACCAGUGUCCACGUCUGUACUGACCAACACGCCGACCAACCUGGUGACGAGUCAGUGCAAGCCGACGAGUUUGAAGGCUCACGUGUUGAAUCCCAGCAAGCUUGCCAGCACUCCGGUGGCUCAGCAGAUUGUGGUGUCCAAGCCGGUGACUCCGAGUCAGCCCGCGGUACAGAAUAUCAUCAAGCAGCCGAACCAGGCCAUGUCUGGGUUGAGGCUGCAAAUUCCUGCUGGAAGAGUCUCUUCACCGGGACUGAGUCCGCGUGGCAAGCAGCCGGUUCCUAUCAGCAGUGCGAAUGGUAAACCGGGACAGCCUAUGUCUCCGGUCCUGAACAGCUCCAACAUCCCGCCGAACCCCAAGCAGCAUCUUCUCCAGGCUGCUAAGCAGCAGCAACAGCAGCAACAGCAGCAACAACUGCAACAGCAGCAACAGACACCGACGAUAGUGAACAUGCAGCAGAAAAUGGGAAUUAAUGCCCACCCAAGCAACGUAGCGACUACUCCGGUCCAGAGGAUCCACAACCCCAUUUCCCAGGCUACCAAUCUCAAGGGAAUUAACGGGCAAACUCAUCUGCCAAGCCCGAAAGCUCAUUUACUCCAAGCGGUCGCUCCAAACACGAUAAUGAGCGGUGGAGUCGCCAGUCCACCUACCCAGCCGCACAUUAUUGGAGCACAGGCGGUUGUUUCAGUGGCUAGUUGUUCGAGAUCUAUUGCAGCGAAACCACAAAUCGCUGGGAUGGAACCACCUAAAGUUGAAGUAUCGAUGUCUGGGUGUAUUAUGGUCCCUAAUGCUAGUCCGAGCCGGGUUUCUGUUCCCUACGAAGCAGCUUUGCAUGGACCUCCAGGCGCAGCUCCAUCACCAGGAGGUCAGUACGGACUCGUUCCACCACACAGAACACAGAGCCCUCCAUUACCUCCGCCUGCUCAUCAUCAUACUAAUGCUUCUCAGGGUGACGUAGUAAAUCAUUACGGUGGACUAUCAAGAGCUGGCGAAUUACCACCACCUUACAUGCUUCCUCUUCCGUACCAGUUCUUGCGUGCUCAACAAGAAGCAGCAUUGACAACACCACGUAUAGCGUAUCACGUACCUGACGCGCGUUCGCCUCAUCUGCCUCUCGAUCCUAAAAUGGAAGCCAGCGGCGAAGAAAGCCACAGCCCGCCAUUAGAGCUGGUACGAGCGACCAGAACUCCUCACGACCGGACAACAGACAGCCCCCAGGUCGCUCAAGUCUAUAUGAUGCACGGUGGUCAACGUUUACCAGCACCACCUCAGUACAACACCGGGAGUAAUCCUGUUUUUGCUGGUGGACCCACCGGUGCUCGCGGUCCUUAUUAUGAGCCACCACCCGCGCACAUUCGCUCUCAGUAUCCAAUGGCUGCGAGUGAAGCGCCAGAUCGCGCGUUGACACCAGACCGACACAGAAAGCAUCAAGUAGCUACACCACCUCAUGCUUCGCAAGUUCCACCUCAAGCGGACUCACUUCUCAUGCUCCUCAGGCGGUACCCUGUCAUGUGGCAGGGUCUGCUGGCUUUGAAGAAUGAUCAAGCUGCUGUGCAGAUGCAUUUUGUUUUUGGUAAUCCUAAUGUUGCCACGGAGAGUCUUCCAUGUAACAGUGACAGGUCAACUCCGCCACUGAGAAUCGCACAGCGGAUGAGGCUGGAACAGACACAAGUUGAUGGAGUAGCAAGAAAGAUGCAGACUGACAAUGAACAUUGUAUGCUGUUGGCAUUGCCUUGUGGACGAGAUCAAAUGGAUGUUCUUCAGCAGAGUAAAAAUCUUCAAACUGGUUUCAUAACUUACCUACAACAGAAACAGGCAGCUGGAAUUGUAAAUAUUGCCGCACCGGGUUCACAGCAG